AUGCUUCGUCGGAAGAACAAGCCCGACAAAUGGGGGAGAGCGCCAGGCUCGGACCAGCAGUGGAGCUGGCACGAGGCGACGAGUCACGGCUCGCGCAGAUCCGUUGACGGGCAGGACGACCUUGACGCUGUUUCGCCCAAGACGGUCCGCCGCCACAAGAACGCCGACGGCGAGAGUUGUCGCUCGUCUUGGGCGUCGCUCGAGCCCCGGCCCGACUCGCCGACAGCUUCCAGCUCUCACAUCCUCCGGCGGCGCCCCGGACAAGGCGACUUGACCGGCACUGUCGACGAGGCGAGUCGCCGCAAGGGCAAGGAAAGGCGGCACUCGUCGACUCCCUCUGCAGAGUACGAGCCGACCGCUCGCCGUCCUGAGGAGCGCGGCAAUGGCCAAAGCGCGUUCAAGCCGUGA